AUCUGUUACAAGUUUGCUUACAUCAUGACAACCCCAGAAGUCUGUACUCAAAUCGUCAAGUGUCUGCAGGAUGUGUGGACUGACAAAAUGUUGUUUGACUUUGCCGUCAAGAUCGCAAACGAAACAGUUCAGUGUCAUCGUCUCAUCCUAGCGGCGUGUUCUGAAUUUUUUAAAGGACUUUUUCGUUCUGGUAUGAGGGAAGUCACAGAGAACUGUGUUGUUCUACACGAUGUUUCUUAUGAGGGGUUUCAAUUAGUUUUAAAAACAAUAUACACAGGUGAAAAUAUUUUAACUUUAGAAAAUCUUUUUGAAGUUUGGCGAGCAGUAAAUCGCUUACAGAUAACAUUCAUGAUUGAUUUGUGUGAGAACUUUGCUAUUGAGGCAAUCAAACUAGACACUUGGGAAAAUAUUUAUAGUAAUGCAAAAAUGUUUGAUUCAGAAAAGGUUAUUCAACAGCUUCACUUAUUCUUGUUAAAAAACUUUGAUCCAGUAUGUCUUUCAGCGACAUUUCUACAGCUGUCUUUCAAUGAAGUCAGGGGUUUGAUCAAAAGUCCAGAACUUAACGUCGUCUGUGAAGAUGUUGUGCUUGAAUCAGUUAUAAGAGAAAAUGCGAUUUAAUGGAUGAGGCUCGAGAACUGGGGACAGCAACUCUUCUAGGAGAGAUAACUCUAAUAUCAAACAGC